AUGAUGCGUCUACUUUUGUUCAUUGUUCAAAAGGGUGUCACAAAGAGCAAGCUUUUUGUUGAUCUCCACCUCUUGGUUCAACGCGGCAAGAUCGUCGGGAAAGCUCUAAACGAUCUCAUGAUCCACCAUUAUACCACCCUCAGACUCAGUUGCCGGUCACAUGACAUGCACGCUUCCUUCAUAACACCUCGAGACUACGAGUUCAGCUGCAGUAACAGUCCAGCUUUUCCACCCAACAUUCCCAACCUGCACUUCGGCAAGCGCACAGCCCAAUUUUUUCCGUACAAUCAUCGCAAACACCAUGCCGCAGCAACGCGGCCACCGCCACUCAUUUGUGAGGAUGAUGUGGGAGUUCCAGAGUGUGAUUUGACAGAGUUUUCACCUCUGGUGGGACCGGUGAGUCGCCGGGUGAGGGUCAGAGACUCGCCCUUUCCGUUGAAAGAUGAUGACAGAGACUGCCACGUGGACAAGGAAGCUGAGGAGUUUAUCCAGAAGUUUUACAAGCAGUUGAGGUUGCAGAAAUGGAAAUCUACCCGCAAAACAGCUAACCUACAUGGAUGA